CAAUUCCCCAAGCUAAAGAGUCGGCUGCUGUUGUCCUUCUCCAUCUCUUGCUCUCAGUUUGUCUUCCCCUCAGUCGCAGCAGCAUCCCUACUCCCAUUUCUCCUUAGCCCUAGACCUGUAAAUGGCGUCGUCCGAGCCCGAGAAGGAGCACAGGGAAGAUGAGGAAGCUCCCGCCGGAGAAGACGAGGACACCGGAGCUCAGGUCGCUCCUAUUGUCAAGCUGGAGGAGGUUGCCGUCACCACCGGCGAGGAAGACGAAGAUGUUAUACUCGAUCUGAAGGCGAAGCUAUAUCGAUUUGAUAAAGAUGGAAAUCAAUGGAAAGAGAGAGGUGCUGGCUCCGUGAAGUUUUUGAAGCACAGGGAAUCGAAGAAAGUUAGGCUCGUCAUGAGGCAGUCCAAGACCCUGAAAAUCUGUGCUAAUCAUUCGAUUUUACCUACUAUGACUGUUCAAGAACACGCUGGGAACGAGAAAUCCUGCGUAUGGCAUGCGAGGGACUUUGCUGACGGGGAACUGAAGGAUGAGCUCUUCUGCAUCAGAUUUGGAUCAAUUGAAAAUUGCAAGAGCUUCAUGGAAAUAUUCCAAGAGAUUGCUGAGUCCCUGCAGACAAAAGAGGAGAACAAAGAUGCGACUGCUGCUGCUGGACUUCUGGAGAAAUUAGCUGUUGAGGAGAAGAAAACUGAGGAUAAAGCAGGAGAAGACAAGGCCGCUGCAUCGAAAGCAGAUGAGGAGAAAAGGCCUGAACCAGAGAAAGCCGAUGCAGGGAAGGAUACCGAGGCUGGUACUUCGGCAUAAGAGAGAAAAGAGGAUUUCAUUUUGCCUUUGAUACCUGAGCAAAAGAUGAGGGUGUUGGAGAUUGGCGUCCCUUCAUUUGCUGGGUCUGAGUGUCCUAUCUAUCACAUGGAAUGGAGCUGUGCGGUUAGGCGGGUAGGUCCAAUUCCUUGAGUCUCUGGGUCAGUCUAGGGGGUCGAACUAUAAGAGUCAAAAGUCUGUGUGUGUGUGUGGUUUGGGGAUGGGGGGCUGGCUUUUUCUCCAGUCUGGCUAUGUCAAGAUUUUUCCUUGGGGUCUUUGUUUAAUUAUUAUAUUGUUAUUAUUAUUGUUGUUGCUAUUGGUUUUAUGAAUGCGAUAUGAUAUCAUGAAGCAAUGGAUGAUGAUGAGUAAAAUUUCAUGA